GAAAUAAAGGCUGAAUAUUAGUACAGAAUAAUGUUAAUAUUCCAUACCUAAAAUUUAUGAAAACAGAUUAAAGAAGUUACUGGUUAAUAUUGAAAUACCAAAAUUUUGUAUUUUUACAGAGGUUUCAUAUUGCUAACAGCAAUUUAAAUUAAGGAGCUUACGGAACAAGUUUCCUAAAGCAUACAAAAAUUUUUUUUUGUCCCAAGAUUAUUCUUUUUUCAAAUUAGUAACCCAAAAUUUGUAUUUACAUUGUAAUUUUUGAAUGAAAAAUUUUUUAAAAAUAAGAAUGGACAAAAAUACCGACUGACUGAGAAGUGCAUCUAGAAUUACAAAAUUUUGUCAGUCAAAAUCUAUACGUAUAUAUAUAUGCACGAAUAAAGCUGAAGAAUAGUACUUCCAAAUUAUAUAAAUUAUUUAAAAUAUUUAAAUAAUAUAAAAAACAAAAAGGCAAUAUUGGAAACAUAUUUUUAUACAAUUAUUAUAUACUGAUAUAUACUGAUAUAUACUGAUAUAUACUGAAAUAUACUGAUACAUAUAUAUAUAUAUAUACUAAAAAAAUUUAGUGAAGACGAAAUAUUUUUUAAAUAAAUUUCAAGAAAAAUUUAUCAAAACAUCAAUAAAAAUUUAAGGAUCGCCAAAUUUUUAUGAGAUAUUCGUUGGCUGCUACUAUUUAGAAUUGUAAAUUGUUCUCUAUAUAUAAAUAUAUACAACUCUUAAAUAUUUUACGUAAUUUUUUAAUAAAUUAAAUAUGGGGAAAAAAAAUUCAAAAUUGAAACAAGAUACCAUCGAUCGUCUUACAACAGACACAUACUUUACUGAGAAGGAAAUUAGACAAUGGCAUAAAGGAUUCUUAAAAGACUGUCCUAAUGGAUUACUUACAGAACAAGGUUUUAUAAAGAUAUACAAACAGUUCUUUCCACAAGGAGAUCCUAGCAAAUUUGCAUCGCUUGUUUUCCGGGUGUUCGAUGAAAACAAUGAUGGCUCAAUAGAAUUUGAAGAAUUCAUUAGAGCGCUUUCAGUGACAUCUAGAGGAAAUCUUGACGAAAAAUUACAUUGGGCAUUUAGACUAUAUGAUGUUGAUAACGAUGGUUAUAUAACUCGUGAUGAAAUGUAUAAUAUUGUAGAUGCUAUAUAUCAAAUGGUGGGACAACAACCCCAAACUGAAGAUGAAAAUACACCACAAAAACGAGUUGAUAAAAUUUUCGAUCAAAUGGAUAAAAAUCAUGAUGAUCGUUUAACUUUAGAAGAAUUUCGUGAGGGUAGUAAAGCUGAUCCACGUAUAGUACAGGCAUUAAGUUUAGGUGGUGAUUAACUUAACAACUAAAAAAAAAAUCAACUUUCAAAAUGAAAUUUUAGACGAAAAACAAAAAAUAAUAAGAUUAUAUAUAUAUAUAAAUAUAUCGUUAAAAUAAUUAUUACAAAAACAUUUUAAAAUUUAUUAUAAGAAAACAACAACAAAACAAAAAUAAAAAAUAUUAAACUGAAAUCCUAAUUUAUAACUGAGAAGAGUUAAGAUCUAUGCGGUUUUAGUUGGAUAUUUUGUAGUUAAUAAGAAUUCAGAAAACUGAAUUAUUUUUAAGACUCGCUACUUUACUAAGAGAAUAUGUGUGUAUAAAUAUAUAUAUAUAAUAUAUGUAUAUACAUAAAUAUACAAUAUUUAUUUAAAUAUAUAUAAAUAUGAUGAAAUAUUUUAUUGCCUGUAUAUGCCAUACUUUAUAUAUACAUACUUAAUAUGUUUUCUUCUUAUUUAAUAAAUUUUCGACAUUGUCGUUUUAAAAAUUAAAA